UAGUAAACUGUUGAGCCACAUAACAUGAUCUAUGCUCGUGGAGAGUUGCGCGACUCCGAAGAAGAGCCCAUUGUCAGAUCAAUACAACAAGAUGACUUCAGGGCUUGUGACUUUGCGAAGAAAGGUAUCCUUUCUCAAUGGAUCCCUCAGGUUCAAGAUGACGAGAGUAAUAGUAAGCGUAUAUACUUCUCAAGACGGGGCAGAGCAAUUUUGAUGCAAAUAUUGCUCAUUACUAUUAUCUUCGCUACGAACCUUGGUAUAACGCUAUACACAAUCUCUCGAUAUGAUAGCCAAAACGGCGUGGGUACUAUCUACGAAGGGGACUGUGGCGAGGUUAAAUCUAUGGAUCAAUGGUGUCAUCUUUUGAUCAACUGCCUUAGCACCGGUAUGCUUUCAGCUUCGAAUUAUUGCAUGCAACUCCAGGCGGCUCCAACUCGAGCUGAUGUCGACCGCGCUCAUCAUGCUAAAUCUCACAAACAAGACCGAACACAUCAAGAAGGAAUAUGGCUUGAUAUUGGUGUACCGAGCCUACGGAACCUCCAGUAUAUCAGCAAAUGGAGGCGGCUGGCCUGGUAUAUCUUAGCCUUUACGUCUAUUCCUAUCCAUCUGAUGUACAAUUCCGCUGUCUUCCAAUCACUUGCGUCAAAUGAUUAUACCGUUGCUGUUGUGAAGAACUCGUUUGCAAAUGGUAGCAGAUGGGACCUUACCACAGCAGAAAUCAAUCGAGCGGGAGAUUUUGGGUGGGAAGAAAAAAGAGUCAACCCAAAUAAUCGUAAUUACACGGAGAUUAUUCACACCAUGCAACGGGAUAUGUCCAGCGAUAAAUGGGAAAGGAUGAACAUCUCCUCUUGUUAUGCGUUGUAUAACGACUACUUUGCCGCUCAGGGGAAUGCCGUCAUAUUCGUAAAGAAUGACACUGGCCCGGACGACGAUAGCUUGCUGAUGUAUGUCUCCAUUGUACCACGUUCGGACAACUGGGCGAAAAACAUGUGGGCGGCUGGUAAUGGCACAAAAAGCUUUGUAGCUAAGGAACCAGAAUUCCCAGUAACAAGAUGGUUUCUGGGGCCUAGGAGAUACGAAGUAUCGUAUUGCCGAGUGCAAUCUCCCAGUACGAUCGCCAACAAGUGUCAUUUUCAAUACUCUCCGCCUAUCAUGUACACUAUAUGCGGUUUCAACUUUAUCAAGAUUCUAGUAAUGCUUUGUAUCUGGGCUAUACGGAAAUGGCAACAGAAAAAGCGCGACGACGCGGAAGGGAUGGUUCUAUACACCCUUGGCGAUGCAAUCGCUUCUUUCAUACGGAAUCCCGACCCGACAACCGUGGAUAUGUGCCUUGCUACCAAGGACGACUUUAUACGACGUCGACCAUGGAAGAAUCGUCUCGUGAAACAACCAUUGACCCUCAACCGCGAAGCUCGGGAAUGGAAAAAACGGCGGAAGUUCUGGUUCUCCGCUGCUAGGAAACGACAGUGGUUCACUCUGUUAUUCUCAUGCUGUCUUGUCAUUCUUAUUGCUGGAAUCCUUCUCGGAAACUCCUUCAAAAGCCUUCGUCGUCGAAAAAUCCCCACAACAAUUUCCGGGCUUUGGCAGCUAGGCUUCGGCACGCUCACCCCGUAUACUUAUCUUUGUAUCGGGUUGCCAUUGGAAGACCCGGCAGGCCUGAUAUCAAACGUACUUCUAGCCAAUCUCCCGCAGCUAGUCGUUUCGUUCCUUUAUAUAUUCUGCAACACGAUGCUGAGCACGUUUCUUGUCCAGCACGAAUUCAGUCGCAUGUAUAGAAAGCGGCGGAAACCGCUGCGCGUUUCGGAGCCCGUGGGAAUCCAGCGAUCGAGUUAUUUCAUCUCCCUCCCGCUGCGCUACGGCAUACCACUUUAUACGACUUCCAGCAUAAUCCAUUGGCUUGUAUCGCAGAGCUUAUUCCUGGCUCGCAUAACAGCUAUAUGCGCAGAUGGUUCUCAGGAGACCUGCCCUGCUGGCCAAAUCGACUUUAAAUACUCAUUCUCUACGUGUGGGCAUAGUCCGUUUGCUGUCCUCAUCACAUUGAUUGUUGGAGGCUUGAUCGUGAUAGUGAUCGCAGCACUAGGAUUCCGCACAUACGAUGGGACUAUGAACAUGGUAUCUACUAAUAGUAUGGCAAUCAGCGCCGCCUGUCACGUCCUCGAGGAAGAUCGCGAAGAGGCUUAUCUUUUGCCAGUCCAGUGGGGAGUAGUAGAAAUAAAGGAUGGAGUUGGGAAAUGCGCAUUUACGACAGCGCCAGAUGAUAGAAUAAAGAUGCCAGAGGUUGGGUUGAAGUAUAAAUAAUACCCUCUUGCUUCAUUACUUGGAGGGAAACCAUGAUAUCUACCUCUCUUUUUUACUUGUAUACGAUACGUCUCUCACAACGUCACCCCACAUACUGUUAGGAGUCUCAGUUAGGAGUCUCACCUGAGACUCCUUGGAACAAAGGAGUUGUUCUGUAUAUAGCUUUGGCUUAAAAGCAACUGUAGUU